CUUCAUUCUCAUAAAAUUCUUUCAAUUCUGAUCUUUUCUUGUUAAAUGUAUAUACCAAAACUUUUUGCUUAUGUAUUUUUUUUCUUUGUUUCGCAGUGUACUGGUUGGUUUUAUAAUGUACAUAGGGUAAGAGAGGGAUCCACCCCUUUAUAUAGGUUAUCGAACCCUUACCAGGUGACAGCUACACACUUUAUACACUGUGCUUGAACUGCGAAUAUUCAUACUUACAAACAAUAUUAACAGCUUGUGAGUUCCUACAAUGCCGGUGAGUUGAGAUUACCAUCAAUGUCCAACCUUACGCACAACUACCGCUGAA